UCGGCCAUCGGUGCAGAAAGACGUAGCGGGUGCAAAACAAGACAUCUGUCUGCAUCUGUCUACUUUGUCUGUCUGUCUGUUGUCCAUUGAUUGUCAAAAUUGAAAGACGUGAGAGCAGAGUAAAGUUAUUCCCUUUAAAAUUUGAUUAAUGAAUCAUUUACCAGAAGAAUAUGUUAUUCAUGAAGAAUGCACAUUUCCAAAAGAUUUCUGUCAGCUAUACAAUUCUGCAAAUGUUGAAAAUGUAUCUGAUGCAUUAACAGUACUCUUGCAUGCCUUCAUGUUAGAAGUUAAUUUUGUUCCUAAGUGCAAUGAUGAUUAUGUGUCUUCAAAUUCUAUGCCAGAAAACUGGAAAACAAGUGGUGUAUUUAAAAUAAAAUAUUCACACAAAACAUGUCCUGAUGUAUCUUGUUGGAUGACAUGUGUGCCUCUAUAUUCCACUUUGGUUGUUCAUGGGGCUAUUGAUAACACAAAAGAUUAUGGAAGCACAAGUACUGAGCUACAAAUAGGUUCUUAUAUCCAAGGCAAAAAUGAUAUUGAUUUUACAAAACCUUUUGACCUUUUUCAAAACAUAAAGAAACUAUCAAGGCAUUUUAAAGAUGAAUUCUGCUUUCCACUUUUAGCAUUGCUGCAUGAAAGUAAUUACUUACAUUUAUUAUUUUUUCAGUACUUGUAUAUUAUCCUGUUGAGUAAUCAGAUAACGUGAUUUAUUGUAAAUGAUGGAUAACCACUUCCUUUAG